UUGUCUGGAAUGCAGUUUUUCAUAGGAAUGAAUCUUGGCCCCCACCAUGUCGGCGUGGUAUUGUGAUGUGGCCAUGGAUGCGGGUCCCUAAUGCCAUUGUGAUGGUACCCAACUAUUCAAUUCAACACAAUUCUGCGCAAAGCACAAACACAAGACACAACAGCGUGGUUAAAUUGAAAACGCCCAAGAACGGGCAGAGAAGUUGAAUGCUGUUCAAAAUGGGCUUGUUAUUCCACAGAUACUUGUCUGAUCAGCAGUUGGCUGGUUUCGACAGGUAUACAUACAAAUCAGUUGACACAUCACCACUUUCAAACUAUGUUAUGCAUCCUUUCUGGAACAAAGUUGUCAAGAUAUACCCGCUUUGGUUGUCCCCUAACCUAAUGACAUUUGCUGGCUGGCUGUUCACUCUCGCCAAUUUCCUUGUCCUUGCUUACUUUGACUGGGAUUUCAAAGCUACAUCUUCUCCAGUUGCUGGGUUCUCUACCAUUCCAAGAUGUAUAUGGCUGUUCUGUGCCAUCUCUCAAUUUUUGUCACAUACGCUCGAUGGGACUGAUGGAAAGCAAGCCAGGAGAACAGGCUCCAGUUCUCCCCUUGGUGAGCUCUUUGACCAUGGUCUAGACAGCACAGCAGCAUGGAUGAUGGCUGUGUCCCUCCUGUCCUGUUUUGGCACGCAGUAUCAUUCACACUAUGAGGUUUUUUCGCUCAUUGUUGUAAUCGCUGCUGGCUUUUUCUUGGCUCAUUGGGAAAAGUACAACACUUCAGUUUUGUAUCUACCAUGGGCAUAUGACUUCAGCCAAGUUGGACUCACAACUGUAUACUUAUUGACCUUUGUAUGGAGUCCAGACAUUUGGAAGUUGACCUUUUGGAAUGGUAUAAGAAUGAGUCAUUUGUUUGUUGCCACUGUUCAUUUUUCUCUGUGGGGAAUAGGCCUCCCGUCAACUGUCUGGCAUAUAAUAAGGGCGAGAUGGAAGCACCCAGAAUAUUGCCCAACGGUGCUAGAGGGGCUCAUGCCACUCGUUUCAACUGGAAUGCUCCUCUCCUUUUUCACAAUUUGGGGCUUUUUAUCGCCAUCACAAGUUCUACAGAAUUACCCAAGAAUGUUUUAUAUUGCCUUUGGAAAUGUUUUCUCUAAUAUAACAUGCCGCUUGAUAGUUGCACAGAUGUCUUCGUCAAAAUGCGAGAGAUUCAAUUGGUUGCUCUUUCCACUCUUUCCCGUAGUUGCGUGCUCAGUAUCAGGCCUUUGCGAUGAGAGGAACCUCCUUUAUGCCUACGCGAUUUUCGCCGCCUUAGCACAGUCACAUUAUGCUAUAUGCGUGGUAAAUGAGUUAUGUGAUCAUUUGCAGAUACGAUGCUUCAAAAUAACAAAGCCUAAAUCUGAAGCCAAUGGACAUUAAAGCCUCGUUCGUAUAGUCAGUUUUUCAAUAUCAAAUUGUACAGUUGCUAGCUGAUUCUUGUCAGAUCCACAGAAUGAAUUCCGAUGGGCGAAUUACUCCCUUCGUUUUAGUAU